CGAGAGAGUGAGGGAGGGGGUGGGGGUGAGACAUUCGCAUCUUUUAUGGUCAAUCGCUGCGUGGGUUCACGGAGCGAGAUAGAGCGAGAGAGUACUUUUUAGACUACGCACCUGCCUUCCUUCCCAUUUUUCACAGUCCAACGGAUAGAUACAUCAUGUCAGAGGCACCGAGAAAAGACUAGAGAGAGAGAGAGAGAGAGAGAGAGAGAGAGAGUGUGUGUGUGUGUGUCUGUGCGUGUUUGGGGUUCUUGAGGAUCAGGAAGGGUGAAAAGAGGAUUUACGUUGCGGCCAAAAUGGCGGCGAGGGUGGAAGAAUCAAGAGGAAGAGGAACUGAACUGUGGAAAUAGCAGUUGCUCUGGAGAGCGAGCGAGCGAGAAGGGGAGCAAGGAGGAGGAUGGCGGCACGCGUUAGCGCGAGGCACGUGAUGGUGUGGCUACUGGUGGCGGCGGCGGCGACCUGCUUCUCGUGCGCCGGUGCCGGGAGCGUGCGGCGGGCACCGGCGACGAGGCAGAGGUUGGAGGUGCAGCGGCACCUCAAGAGGCUCAACAAGCAGGCUGUCAAGAGCAUAAAGAGCCCGGAUGGAGAUAUCAUAGACUGUGUGCACAUCUCCCACCAGCCAGCCUUUGAUCACCCUUUCCUCAAGAACCACACUAUCCAGAUGAGGCCAGCUUUCCACCCAGAAGGCCUACUGUUUGAUGAGAGCAAGGUUGCAUCACAGAAGAAGACGCCUUCAAUGGCUCAGCUCUGGCAUCAAAAUGGGAGGUGCCCUGAGGACACCAUCCCCAUCAGGAGGACAAAGAGGGAUGAUGUGCUGAGGGCCAGCUCUGUCAAAAGGUAUGGUAAGAAGAAGCACAGGAGCAUCCCAAACCCAUUGUCCAUUGAUCCUGACCUUCUCAAUGAGAGUGGCCAUCAGCAUGCAAUUGCUUAUGUAGAGGGGGAUACAUAUUAUGGAGCCAAGGCCACCAUAAAUGUGUGGGAGCCAAGGAUUCAGCAGUCUAAUGAGUUCAGUCUGUCUCAGCUCUGGAUUCUGGGGGGCUCCUUUGGGGAGGACCUCAACAGCAUUGAAGCUGGUUGGCAGGUCAGCCCAGAUCUGUAUGGGGAUAACAACACAAGACUCUUUACUUACUGGACUAGUGACUCCUAUCAAGCAACAGGCUGCUACAACCUACUCUGCUCUGGAUUCAUUCAAAUCAACAGUGAGAUUGCAAUGGGUGCGGCAAUCUAUCCACUCUCUCGAUAUGGUGGUUCCCAAUAUGAUAUCAGUAUACUUGUUUGGAAGGAUCCAAAGGAAGGGCAUUGGUGGAUGCAGUUUGGGAACGACUAUGUGCUAGGUUACUGGCCUUCUUUCCUUUUCUCUUACUUGGCGGACAGUGCUUCCAUGGUGGAAUGGGGAGGGGAAGUUGUGAACUCAGAACCAGAUGGUGAGCACACCUCGACCGAGAUGGGCAGUGGCCAUUUCCCUGAAGAAGGAUUCGGCAGAUCAAGCUACUUCAGAAACAUACAGAUAGUUGAUGAAUCCAACAAUUUGAAGGCACCUAGAGGAGUUGGCACCUUCACUGAGCAAUCCAACUGCUAUGAUGUGCAGACAGGCAAUAGUAAUCACUGGGGGCACUUCUUCUACUAUGGCGGUCCUGGUAGAAACUCUAAUUGUCCAUAGAAACUCAAACUCCUCACUUCUUUGUAUACUUUGGCAUCAUAUAAUCAUCCUUUUUAACUGGUAGGGCUCUCUUAAUGAGUGGUUUUAGUUCCCUGUGUCACUUUGACCAUAUAAUCUCUCCAUAGAAGAGCAUGGAGGGAUAAAGCUGAAGCUUCUGUAAGAGAAUCAAGCUUGUGGUUGUCUUGUUCCAGCCAUUUGGUGUCUUUGUAACUUUGGAGUCCUUUGUUCUGUUUUAUCAUGACAGUGAAUGAGAUUUUGUGUCUGCUUGGUUAAAGCA